UGUUGGCUGCUGCUGCUGCUUCCCACAGAUUGGUAAAUAGUAUCAGAUAGAUGGGUGGAUAGAUACAUCUGUAUUUAAAUGAAACCUAUGCAAAGGAAACAGCCCUGCAGACGCGGUAAGUUUCCAUGUGUUUCAGGGAGGAGUCAUCAUGGAGCCGCCUGUCAUCAAACAGAGAUGAUAAGCUCGAAUUGCGCGCGCUUCUUCGCCAUCCUCCAGAGUGUCUUCAUCGUUGCCAGGACGAUCACUGAGACCAGGACGAUCACUGAGACCAGGACGAUCACUAAGACCAGGACGAUCACUAAGACCAGGACAAGUGACAGAGCACUGCUGCUGCUGCUGUAGUGGUUUGAGUGUGUGUGUAUGUGUGAGAGAGAGAGAUUUGCAUGUGUGUGUCUCUGCUUCUCACACAGUUUGGCUGUGCUUGGCCCCGAGCAGACAUCAGUGCUUGACGUCUGGAGAGAGUCAAAAAGCGGAGUCAGGUAGCUUUAGUCCGGGCAUGAAAGAUGGAGCUCUCUGCGGUGGGAGAUCGCGUUUUCGCCGCGGAAGCCAUACUGAAGCGCCGCGUCCGUAAGGGACAACUUGAAUACCUGGUGAAAUGGAAAGGAUGGGCGAUGAAGCACAGCACUUGGGAGCCAGAGGAAAAUAUUCUGGAUGACAGGCUGAUACUGGGCUUCGAGCAAAAGGAACGUGAAAGGGAAUUGCAUGGGCCGAAGAAACGGGGUCCAAAACCCAAAAACUUUGUUAUGAAGGCUCGUGCUCAGAAAGGAGGGACCAGCAGCCGAGCUACAAAUGCCCGCCAUGCUACAUCACGCUCCUCCUCGUCCACUUCCAGCCGAGCAACUCCUUCCUCCUCUGCGUCACCUCAUCCUUUAGCGUCUUCGUCGUCCUCUUCUUCUUCAACUGCAGCACCCUCUCCUAAGCUCAAUUCCCUUGCAGCCACCCACAAGCUGAAGAAAGACAUUCACCGUUGCCACCGAAUGUCAAGGCGCCCUUUACCCCGCACAGACCCCAUGGCGGCCGCCUUCUCUAACCCAGGUGGCUUCCCCUCCCGUGUGCAUGUUUCCCCCUUCUCCGAGACCGUCCGCAUCCUCAACCGUAGAGUCAAACCACGGGAGGUCAAGAGAGGUCGGAUCAUCCUCAACCUGAAGGUCAUUGAUAAGCCAGGUCGGGGUGGCGCAGCUGCAAGCAGCAGGAAUGUUACAGCAGGACGCCAAAACAUCCCUUCCCGCAAUCGCAUCAUUGGGAAGAAGGGAGAGGCACCUUAUAGACCUUUCCAGCCCCCUCUGAAGAUGCUAGGCUUUCCAAUGUAUGGGAAGCCAUUUGGGCUACAAUGUGGAGGCCCUGUGGCCUUUCACUCCCACCCAGGGUCAUGUUCCAGCACCGGGGCCAGGGACACCCACUCAACUUCCUCCCAGUACCGGUCACCUCCUUCUCCUUCCAGCUCCAGCGGCUCUGAAGGAAAAUCUCCCACCAAUGCCUCAGCUGCUCAGUCCCAGCCCUCCACAGGAGCCUCACCUUCCAGUGAGGCUUCGAAGUCCAGUAAACCUCACACAGAGACCCAGAAGGGCCAGAGCACCAAGGCUGCUCCUGCCCCAUCCUCAGAUCCAGACUCCAUGGCGUCAGCAUCUCCCUUCCUGCCCUCCUCACCCUCUUCUUCCUUGGAAGACGAGGGGGAGGAAGGUGCCCCGGACCGUUCUGUGCCCCCAGAGGGAGGCAGGAGAAAUCCUCGUCAGCGCAGGGCUAAACACCAGCUGCACGCCGCCCCUUCUUCUGUCACCCCUGGGGACCAGAGCACUGCCCCCGCCGAACCCAAAAGGGUGCCCGCUGAGGGAGACCCCGACUGGUACCCUGAAAUGGCACCGAGCUGCAAGGAUGUGGUGGUCACCGACGUGACUACCAACCUUGUCACCGUCACCAUAAAGGAGUUCCCCUCCCCUGCCUCCUGCCCUUCUUCCCCCACGGCUAGCCCCGAAGACGCCUCCUCCCCCCCUCCCAGCACCACCUCUGAUGACCCCUCUGUACCGAAGCCAUAGGAGAUCAGAUGUUAUGAAGUCAAAUGCCAUUGAUGAUAGAAAAAUCAUGCCAGUGUUGCCACGUCAGCCCCCUUCUACCUUGUCCCCAAAGGUGUGUCCAUAUUUGUGUAACAAUUACUGAAAUGUAACUUACCGCCCAGCCAUUGAAUAGUAAGAAAGAAAAAGAGCAUAUUUUUUUUAAAAAGAAGUGUAUAAAUUUGAAAAAAUGGGCAGCUAAUACGCCCAUCUUGUCACUUAAAUUGCCAUAUUUUGUCCACUUGCACAGCACUGACUCUUUUUGAAGUGGACUUGGAUGGAAAUGGUAUUUUGGUUUUCUUUCACUUGCGUUCAGACAUGCUGAGUUUAGCUUGUUUGGUAAAGAAUGUCCAAAAGUGACACACUCGCCCCGUCUCGUGUGUGGGGUCAACGUUUAUCAAGCACACUUGGUGUAUGUGAAAGAAACAAUUACUAUUUAGAUUCAAGCCCGCUGGAAGCCUGUUAUUGACAGCCUUCAGGUGUUCUGCCUAUGUCCUGCCCCCUUGUCUCAUUGGGAGUCCAGCUUGUUAAUGAGAAAUGAGGCGACGUGAUUUUUGCACUUAACAGUUGGACUCUCAUAUAUUGCAUCAAUACAGCGAGGUAAAUGCAAUGCACUUGACUGCAUCGAAAAAAUGACCUAUUUUAUGUAGUUCAUCAAUUUUUCAAAGCCUUCUCCUUCUGCGCUCUUGAACGCACAUGCAUAUACAUACAGUAUGAGGAAGUAUUUAUAUGCACGCACAACCUUAAAAGCUGCAAAAUAAUAUACUAAAACAAUAGUUUUUAAGUUAUUGCUGUCCGUGCCGUCUGUCCCUGCUUGCCUUAUUUCCUCACAAACCCACCACCCUCUUAAACUCUGUAACGUCCACCAAGACUCUAAACUGACCUGAAGUUAGUUGUGAUUUUUUUUUUUUCCAUUAAGCUAGAUUUGUGCCAUAUAACUUAUCAACUUCUCAAGGUUUAGAAGGUCCAUGAGUUGAACAUAGGCUGAAGCCACCAACCAAAUGCAGCUAAAAAAAAAAAAUAGGCAGUUUGUUGAACCCUUUGAGCUACUUGUUUGAAGUUUGUAAAAAAUCAAUAAUAGCAACCGGUAAGUUUACCUUCCACUUUGGCAGGUAGAGAAAAUGGCUUUACACCUUGCUUUGUUACUUUGGUUAUUGCUGGUCAGUCUUUCAGCUAACAGUAAAAAGAAGUGUUAGUAUGGUUUCAAUAGAAGUGGUUCAUGUAGCAUUUCCUGCUAGAGAAACUGAUCCAUUCGAGGACAAAAGUUGUUCUCCUUCACUACCUGUCUGAUAGGCAUGGUAACAGGUUACUGUGCCAGUUGUUUUUUUGUUUUUUUUUGGAUAUAUGGAUAGAAAUUGCAGCUGAGAUCUAUGGAAUCUUUCUAGAACUUUCCAUUUAAAGGUGUUAUUUUCUCAACUAUGUGAUCACAACUCCAGCAUUUCUCUGUACCCGUCACGAUCAUGUGUAGUGAAGAGUAUUUUCUCUAGUUACAAGUAGUUCAAGUAUUUUCAGUAUAUCUGUUGGCGUUUCUGUAGUGGAUGAGAGCAGUUGCAGUUAUCAGCAUGUUAAUCUGUCUAAAACUGGCUAUAAAAGCGUCACAGACCACCAAGUCCAAAUUCAUUUUCAUGGCCUCCCCAUUUGACAUAACAUGCAGGUUUGCCUUUCAAAGGUUAGCCGAAGGUGUGUAGCAUGUAGCCGCUUGCAGAGAGAAAACCGUGUCCUAUUUCUUUGUUCUUUGUUGUGUUGCGGGUUUGCCACUAGCCAAUGGUGGCCUACCAUGAAACACAACAGGGUGGUGUUUUUGGAAUUCACAUGUAAAAUUAUUACAGUUUAACUGGCACUCUGUGUUGUGUUUCGGCCACAAAUGUCCGUGUGAAGAGUUAAAAGUAGCCAGACAACCCUGCAAGCAAAGCACUAUGGCUUUAGAUUCCGAUCUUUGACCUGGUAAUGUUCUUACUUGUGGUUACGCAGUUCUCUUGAGAAACCAUGGGGAAUUAGACCAUAGGGUGCAUUGACGUACGAGGCUCCAGCAUGAAAAACAUCCUCUCAUGCUGCUGGUUGCUCUAGAGGGAAAUUGCCUCAAGACAAAUUAUCUUUUUUUUUGUCUGUGGCUAAGUGUAUCUGCCGUGUGUACGUCUCCAGCCACUUCACCAGGUUACAAUCGAUCUAUUGCUACAUUUUGACUCUCCCAGUUGCUGCUUUUACCAAGACAAAAUUAUACGGCUUAGGAUCUGUCAUUGCGACCAGAGAGCAAAGGAAAUUAGCACAGUUGUUUUCUCCAAACACAUCGUGUAAGCUGUUUUUUGUUUUUAUUCAUUGACAUUAUGUUACAGUCAGAAAGUCUGGUCUGGUGAUUGGACAGAAAAAAAGCUUGAUCUCACAAGUGUGUGUGUGUGUGUGUGUGUGUGAGUUCAUUCACUGCAAAUUGUUUCUAACUAUACUGAAAGCUUUACAGUCUUCAAUGGUUUUGAACUUCAGGUGUACCUGAAGUACUUCAAAAAAAACUAAAAACUGCCCCUUUAUACACAAACUCCUUUUCUGGUACUACCUGCUCUUUCUAGUCCUUCCCACACCUUGGCUCUUACUCUGGUUUACCUGUGUGUUACAAUAUCUUCCGCAUGUGUUGCCUUAUAGCUGCUCUGUUCAACCCCAGCUGCGGUCCAGGCGAUGUUUACCUCGUCUUACUCAGCCUCUUUCAUACUUAAACAAAACAAACAACAAACAACAAAAAAAGGAUACUUCCUUACCUGCCAUCACUUUGGUGGUAAAGGUAAAGAUUACAGUGUUGCAAAUGGUAAUAAGCCUUUUAUUGGCUUCAGAUGUCUCAUUUUCCAAAGUUGCAAACGUAGAGUUCUCUAUGUCUUCGUUAACACAGACGAGGAAGAUGUCGCCUCUUCUCCUGUCAUGUACUGGAUGGUUCUAGUUGUUGUCAAUACUGUUUCAAUACUCUCAUAGGUUACACAUGGAAGGAUUUAUUCCAAAAUGACACAUCCAUUAUAUGAAGAAAUGAAAUGGUCUCAAGCUCAAAAUUCAAAUUGCGGUACUUUAGGUAAUCUGAGGACAGUAUUUAACUUAAAUCCUUUAUUGACAAAGUGAAACCACAGACUGAGUCCUGUAUAUUUUUCAGAAACAGAUGAAGGAUUACUUUCUUCUUCACAUGGAUAUAUCGUGAUUUGGAAUAGAUUUUUUCAUCUACUAUAUCUUUAAUAUCUUUAAGUGGUGGAUAGAAGUGACUCUUGCAGUUGGUAGAUGUGUAAGGUAUUAGGCUGAUAGGCGAUGUUUCCAACAGUUGAUAGCAACGUUUCUUUCAUUGUGUUUCUUUCUCAUCUGGGGUAGCACAACUCAACUUAGUGGCCUAUCUUUCAACCAAAUAGGGCUCUUGAUUUUAAUCAUUUGACUUUUUUAAGCCUUUUCCCCCCUUUUUUUGUAAUUGUUUUACAUUUAUACGUGAUGUAAUUUUAAGUGCUAGAUUUAUGUGUCACUAAUUGGAAAAAUAAAGGAAGGAUCCUUGUUUAAAUGUAUGGAUAACGACGCUCAAUGAAUUUGUGCUUUUUAAGCCUUUUUUUUCCCUUUGUACUGUACUUUAAUACUUUUAAAAAAUAUGCAUAAUAAUGUUAAUGUGAUGCUGAUUAUUUGAAUGCCAUUUUUCUUUUUUUAAUAGUCCAAUAUGGGUUUGAUCAGAAGGCAAACUCCGACUGAUUUUAAUGUGUCAAGACUGCAGUUUUGUCUGGUUUAAUGCUAAUAUGAAUUAUGUACAUUGUAUCGAUGGUAAUGAUAAGGAGGUGGAGGAUAAUGAUGACAUUGUAAUGUAUCUGAACUUAUGAAGCAUGUUUUGCAAACUUUGCAAACCUUAUUGUACAAAUUAUGUAUUCAGUGUCAUGUUACCGGUUACUGUUGUUGCUUUCUGUGUAUGUUUCUUGUACAAGGCUUUUGAUUAAAAGCUCU